AUACAAUUGAAUGGCGGUUGGAACGAGCAGGCGAGUUUCGUACAGUUAGUGUAACUCAGGUGUGUGGAUACGUAAACAUGUAGGAUUUGUGAUUUUUGGAAUUUACACGACCAUGCCACUUCCAGAGAGAAUUAUCCAGCCUGUGUGUUUAGGGGGACAUCCUCUGGACAUCUCGAAGGCGGAGGAGGGUACCGCUCACCUGACGGUAGCCUCUAAUUCAUUGAUUGGAGCUUUACUACAGCUUGCCAGUUUGGUUAGGCAUGCCGAUGAUCUGUUUUGUGAUAUUUCGGAUGAGUGUCAGAAAAUCUUCGAUCGGUCAGAAAGGAUCUCAAAGAAACUUUCAAAUAUUGAAGUGACUGUCUCGAAGCUAGAUGCAAAGGAUGUAGCUAUACAGCUUGGACUUUGUUCUUUUGCUGUUGGUGACCUGUCCGAAUUUUCCCAGAAUGGCGAGUACCAUGUCACAAAGCACGGGUUUGAUAGCGACCUUUUUACACAAGAGACAAGAAGCCAGUGUAUCAGGGACCAGUAUGCCCAGGCUGAGGUUUCCCCAUCUCAUGCAAUGCGGGGCGCGGACAUCUACAGGAAGGAUGGGCUCUGUAGCUCUCGGCUCUUCAGGCUUUGGCCGGUACUGCUUCGGGAGCCCAAGGUUAAAACACCUGACCUCAACCUACCUCGAAAGACCCAGUCUGUUUUUACAUUUGAGAAACGUUACAAGAAGUUACAGCAGCGCCCUAAGACCAUACAUGUGACCGAUGAACAGUACUUCACAAAGGAGGAAAUGGCUCGCGAGGCCGAGGCAAUGACGGAGAGUCUAUCUCAGUCGACCUCGGCAAGUCUCAUCUCCAUAGAUACCUCUGGUCAGGGGUUUCAGAGGAUGGAAUCUUUACGUGGUUCACAACGAAGCCUUGCUAGUAAAGAGAAGGAGGCAAAGAAGAAGAAAAGAAGACGUACCGUGUCAGGUGUGUCCGACAAUAUCAUGCAGGAGAUUGAGGCAUUUGAGAAGAAAAAGAAGAAGGGAUACAGAGAACAGCCCCGCAAUUACAGCUUCGAUGACAUUGACAUGGACGGUAAUACAAUUCACCGCGAUGAAGAAAUGGCAAAAUAUCUUGAUGAAAUUGAUGCCAAAAUGGAGGAAAGAAAGGAGAUAGAGCAUGCAUUCAGGAAGCCUAGAAUUUUAAGGUUGUUACCAUGUCGACGUUCAAAGUCCCUCCCAAGAUGUCUUAAGUUACAUUCUAUGAAGGCACUUGCUUAUGACAGACAAUCUGUGGGAACUGACCACUCCAGUCGGUACGAGGGAGAUUCUAUCAGUCUGGCCAGUGCUGGUUCAGGGUCAAGUCGCAUCUCAAGGUCAACAAAACGGUCAAGUAUCAUCAGCAACAAGAUAAAGUCACUGGUCAAUGUAAAUAACAUUAGCAACAAGUUACGACCUCGACCAAAAUCCCUUGACCUAGAUGCUAUGGACUUUGGUGACGAAACGAUGACCUCUUCUUUAGCUAAUUCUAAAAUGCCCAGCAUGCCAGAUGGAAUACUUAGUCGGGCAACGAGAGACAGUUCUAAGAUAGGGCCAGGGACUUAUUAUAACUUUGAAAGUGAAAGCAAUACAUUACCAAGGCGACAGCCAAAACGAAUAGAGCGUGAAUUUACAUGGAAUGCGAUGCCAAGAGAUUGGACAACGUCUGUGAAGCUGAGAGAGAUAUCUCAGAGGAGAUCAAAAGAGGACAGACAGUCAUCAUCAGGGAACUGGAGUGGUAGCAGCAGUAAUCGCCAUUCCCUCGAUUCAGACAUGAAGAUUGAAGGCAUGCCGUCCACAUCCCAGUGUUCCCUGGGGCAGGACUCGGGUCGUGACUCACCCACCUUGGAGGAAAGGUCACGCUGCGACACAGACACCACUGGGUACGCGGGAGAUGGUGCAAGUACCAUCAGUGACAAGAGUUCCCUGAAGGACCAGAAAGGAGAAACAGACAGGUGGCUACAAAGUCUGGCCAAGAGGGCAGCAAGCCGCGAGGAUGUGUCGUCCAGUAGUGCGGAGACCCUGAACUCUCUGACUAGACUGACCAAACAGAACAUCAUGGCCCUCGACCUCAUGAUGUCACCCUCAAAACGGAAGCCAGCUGCAUUUUUUCUGGAUGAUGAUGAGUCAGUGUAUUCUGUGGAUCAGGAAGGAUUUUAUACGUCUUUCCACAAUGACAGUGGACUGAGGCGAAGUUGUGGAACACUUGUGGACGAGGAAAUGCCCUCCCCGACACGAGACACGCAAAGUGUCACCAGCUUUGAAAGUGUUAUCAAUACAUCUGACAGUGACAAGUAUGCUGGAUUAAAAAGAGGGGCCUUCCAAGGUGCAAGCAAAGUGCUAAGCAAGGUGAAUCCGCCAGCCCCUCCCCCAAGAACAAGCUCAUGUCCUCGCCUCAGUCCUGGGGCUGAAGACGAUGCUUACGCCAUACAGACACCAGAUGUCAUUUCCAGGCAAGACUCAUCCUCCAUGUCUGAGUCAGACCAGGAAAACAUCUACAUGCGACUCAAAUCAAAGACACAAAUAUCCUCAAGUGGAAUCCCCUCCAUUUGCCCCUUGUCUAGUGAUGAAGAAGGGGCAAGCAAAAGGCAGUCUGGAGGAUCAGUAGAGAGUGAUGACAAAUUCAGCUCAGUGGUCGAUCCAGGACAAAUCAUGGACAUGAAUCAAAACUUGAGCAAGGCUACAGAGUUAACAAGUGAUUCUUCAAUAUUCUCAGUUUCAUCGAUUGACACUAGUGGUAAAUAUGACACAACUUUUGAUUACACUGACGACACUUUACUGGGUAACAGUAACAUUGAAACAGACUUUGAGAGCCAAACUCUCCCUAGAGCGUACCAUGCAGGGAAGGAGGGCACCAGUUUUGACUACACAAAAUCAUGGCCAAGAUCUCACAAGAAAAAUGACAACUGUCAAACACCUGUGUCUGGUAUACUUAAGAACAGUGACCGUUCUCUCAGUGGCCCAAAGCCUAACAAAUCCCUGAAUUUCUCACCUGUGAUCAACAUGUUUAACCCUGGGACACCCCAAUCUGUCCAGAUGCCACUCCCAUGCUCCCCUUCAUCCUCGGAGGAGGGGAACAGGAAGCUGAAUAAGCAGAACUCUCCAAUGUCACCUAAUUCUGCAACAUAUAAAUUGGCGGUGCCCAUUACACAGGAGAAAUGUGACAAUAAAACUGGCUUACCGAUGAAGUAUCAACCAGUUAUUGUGGUCAAGCCAGGUCAGAGGUCAGGCCAGACUUCUGAGAAGAAAGGAGCAUAUGUUAAAUUAAAUCAGGCAAAUGAAAAUGUGCCUUCAGUCAACCAGAUCAAUCCCUAUGCAGCCUCACCUGGGGCCAAACAACCAACAAACACAUUCUCAGGAAGUGAAAACUUGUAUGCUGUUAGUCCUGUGAAGUCAGGGAGUCCUAGUGCAAACCAGGUCAAUGCUGCUGAUUCAGGCUACUUAGAAAUGAAUACUAAUUCAAGUGUGCACUCUACAAAUAGUCAGGACAGUCUGGUCAAGAAUUCACUUGGAUUUCACCAUGGGAGUCAACUGUCUCUGGAAUCUGAAGAUUCCUUUAACUUCACAGGAAGUUAUGUAAGCAUGGCAAGUCCAUGUAGUUCACCUAAUCUUUCUAACUUGGAUGUGCCCAUGGUAGCUACCCCAACAGGAUCGAUGGAAUCAUUACUAGAACAACCAAGUAAAGACAAGGGUUUUAUAAGUAUUGACCAAUCAAAUCUUAGUACUACAAUGGAAACAGUUGCCAUAUCAACGAAUUCUUUUUCAUCGUUUGCUGGAAGUGACAAUGAAAGGUCAUUCAGUACAUUUUCUGGUCCUUCUCGACCUCAGAUGUCUUCUACCCCACAAGCAUCAAGUCAAUUCCAACUUCCCCGUCACAAUCGGUCUACACCCUCACAGCAACCACCCCCACGCCAAAAUCGGGUCACAUCUCCACAGCGACAACCCCCACGUCAAAAUCGGGUUACGCCUCCACAACAACAACCCCCACGUCAGAAUCGGGUCACGCCUCCACAGCAACCAGCACUCCCUGCAAGGGUUCCACUUGAACCACACAGCAAGACUCGGGCACAACGACAUCCUAGUUACAAAUUGCAAUCCUCAUCUUCAACACCACAACAUCACAGCUCACAAAAAACUCAUUAUCAAAACAGUAUGAUGAAGAAACCGGAAAACUAUCAUCCACUGGCACAGAAAAGUAGUAGCAGGUCUUUGUCAACAUCGCACAUUCAGAAAAAUGCAAUGCCAUCUUCUCGUUCAUUCCCAUCAGAUAUGACAAAGUAUUCUGGGAAUGAUACAGGUUCAUCAGAAUCUCUCAGUUCACGUCCCGGUCGACCUCGUCAGAAUGCAUCAGUGAGGAAGUCCAGUGCUGGGACGACAUCCUAUAGUGUACCACAGAGUGGUUCAGACUCAGACUCUAGCAAUAAUGCUAACAGUCGCAGUGACUCUUACCGUGUCGCCAUGGUGAACCCCAGUAGGAACAGCUCUUACAGAGUGGCAAUGAAGGAGAGUAAGAGCUGUCCUUCCUUACAGAACUCUCAGAGGAUCAGGCCAAGUCCUGUACUGUCUCAUUCUUCUCAUUCAAAUGGUCAUAAAAAUGCUAGUCCAGUAUUAACCCAAAGUUCUAAUAAAAAUGGAACACCUUCUCCACUCCCGGCCGAAUACUACAUGCCCUCGGCAGAUCCUGAGGAUUUUAAUAGAACAGAUUCCUACAGAUACGCUGUGAGGAAUACUCAUGGUGUAGUGUCGGAGGAGCCGACGGGAAGGAACUCAUCCUACCGGGUGGCAAUGAAGGAAAUGGAGUCUGUGAUCCCAGACAACCACAUGAGUGGUGUGCAUUCAGUGCCUGCCGGGGGUCGUGAUAUGCGGAGGAUGGGAAUCACAGAUGUGGAUCAGGUCAAAGGCAUUGCUGGGGGAUCAACAAAGCCUCUCAAGCCUUCCGAGUCCACCAGUAGUGUACAAGUGAAACUCCGACGCUCCACCAAAAAGGGGGACGUAGACCCCAUUUCAGUGCUAUCCAGUAUGGAGAGUGGAAGCUCGCACAAGACAAACAAAAACCGUCACAGCACAUCCUCCACCUACAUAAGGUUUGACCCCAUUUUUGAGGACAAGGAAGAUAUCACUGGCUCCAUGGAUUCUCUCAGGGAUUCAUCUAUGGGCUCACUCAAAAUGGCCGACUCCUCUGGGGAAAUGUCCUUUUAUGGUGGUGACAGUUUCUAUGGUAAUGGUAAACCUAAAGUUAAUGCGAUGAGUAAUGGAAAGACUGCAGGUUUUAGUGCCAACGAAAAAAGUUCAUCAUCCCUAUUUAGUAAUGUGAAAAAUUUUGUGAGACAAAAAUCAGGAAGUAAAAAUCCAGCUCCUGCUGCCAUUGAUGACGACUAUAGGUUUACUAUGGUGUGACAUUUGGGGGCUUUUGGAGGGUACGUGUGUUGGUCAGAGUGGAGGAUACAUGUGUUUGUCAGAGCAAGUGUUCAUGUGUGGUUGAGUGUAUACAUGUAUGAUUGUGUGAUGAAGAGAUGUUUCAAAACAUUAGCUGGUUACAAACAGAACGUGAUUGAAUGGUGAAUCUUAUAGAAAUAUGGUACAUGUACAUGCAUUUAAUUAUGCAUUAAAGUUUGUUAAAAAUUGGUGUAAAAUUACUUUAAAAACAAUUUUAUGAAAAGUCUUGUUAAUGACAAUUGUUCUGGAACCAAUAUCUUCCUUGUGUGCUCCUAUCAUUUACACUAAGUCCAUAAAAUGGCAGCUUUGACUUUAAUAUCACCAUAUCAAUGCCAGAGUGAUACCGCUAAUUCCUGGUUCUCCUCGAGUAUCUAGUAAAUGUGUUGAAUUAAAUAACCAUCUAAUGGGAUAAAAUCAAAAAUAAUCAUUUAGUAUCUACAUGUACUUUGUGAGACAUCUUACCAUUAACAUCUUAGCAUUAUCAUCACAAAAUACUCGGGCUAUUUAAAAUGACACGGUAUAUUAGGGACAAAUUUACACAUGUGUGUCGGGAUAUAGAACAACCCAAUGCCUCGCCUGUAUCGGACAUUGACAAAAAUCAAAACAUUUCAUGUCCAAUAUCAUUUAAAAGUGCUACAAGUGCUAAUUUUAACUAGCUUAAUUUUUUUUUAAAAGACAGAAUUCACAUUUGUAGCUUUGCUGUGUCGAGGAAGCUGUCACGUUUGGUAGCGGAACUGAGUGCGGAAGAAUACAUAUCAGAUUAUUCAUUCUUGGAAGCAUGUUAACCCAUCCAAAUCAUUAAGUAUGUUUCUCAUAACAUCCUAAACAGGAAGCUGUGAUUGAUAUAUGUGUGUAGGAUAUGACCUCAGAGCUCAUAUUGCUUUGCCCUUGUCUUCAUAAAGAAACCCAGUGAUUUUCCUAGAAGUAUUAAAUGUGCCAGCCUUUUACAUGGCUGAUCCAUUAUAACCAAUGCUGCUGCAACAUUCACCACCAAACAUUUAUUAUGACAUUUAACAUUUUACUAGAUUUCAUGAUUAUUGAUUUGCAGUCAAAAACCUAUUACAUAAUAUUGUCAACAAAUAACAUCAAACUUCCUCUGUUUCAUCCUUAUGAAUAUUUCAUCCUCGGAAAUACUUUAUUGAGUGCAUCGGCGUGGGCUUUCUGUGUCCACUGAGAUACCAGUAAGCGCUGAGUAUAUUGAUAUCCCAGCUGUGUACUUGAUCUUCCCGUUUCUGUUUUUUAACAUUCAGUUAGUAAAAAAGUGAAAAUCAAAAUAAUCAAAAUUCAUUUUAUGGACAUCUGUAUACCUUAUACAUGGUAUCAUGUUACAUGUUAGUUAUGCAUUAUGCAAAUUUUGUUCAAAAUCAAAAAUCCCUUUAAAUUUCCACAUAUUAAUCUCCAUGCUAAUUCUAUCAUGCAUGCUUGAGAUAUUGUUUUGAUAUAUGUGAUGAAAAAGUUAGUAUUCUAUUUUUUGUAAUUUCAUGAAAAAGUUAGUAUUCUAUUUUUUGUAAUUUCAUUAUUUUGUGAUUGAAGUGAAAAUUAGUUACUUAAGAAAAAUACCACGUUUUCUUUUGCAUUCAAUAAUUUUUCCUCUUUUUUUUUUUUUCAAAAAUGUAUUUAUGUUUUUAAUCAUAAGGUUGAAAAUAAGCGUGGAGGACAGACAGUGAAUAUGUAUCCUGUUUAUACAAGUACUUACAUUUCUGGGUAGUUAAAAAAAUAGGUUUUAUAGGAGAACUAACAGAAUGUUACUUUCUUCCUUAUUUUCGUUUUCGUUUUCGUUAAGGAAGGAAGUAUACUAAGUAUCCAAUCACUAAUUCUGUUACAAAUAUAAAUUCACAAUGGUAAGGAAUGUUUCUCGAUAUUAGGAAGAAAAACUAUGAUCAAUAGUUUGUUAAUAGAAUAUCCAUGCAUUUGUGACAAAAUUGAUCUACAAACAUUAGAAUUUCUACGUAAUUACGUCAUACAGUAGUUGGCAAAGCAUAAAGAAAGACAUCAAGCAAAGAAACCACAGUAUAACCAUUGGAGUAACGAGCUGAGACAAGAUUCAAACAUUUUGGCAGGUCUGAUCACCAUAUCAUUCCAAUUCAAACAGUGUUUAAAUACCAUGCAUCUACAGUGUUUUUUCCAGAAUGAAAGUGUUACCUGACAGCUGGUUUGUUUAUGAUAGUAUGGUAAGGAAGAGAACUCCUACAAAUUAAAACCUGUCAUCAAUGUAAAAACUCAUCAUUAGGUGAUAGAUGAUAACGGUUUUAUCGGGAGGGGGUGAUUGAAUUUUUAAAACAUUAUUUAAAAUCCAUAAUAAAUUCCAGAUAUUAUGAAGGUUUUAUAUUUCAUUCCGUACAAUUUAUGUCAGUCUUUAUUUACGUUCCUAAUGCAUCCGUAUCUGUAUUAUCGGAAAUAUCCAGUCAUUGUUUUAAGUCGAACCAAAAUUAUUUAUCUUGCUGAUGUAAAACUAUGCUAUUUAUGACAAUAACUGUACCUUUGCAAUGUUUUAAAUGAUUUUGUUUGCAAUUCCCACAAGGCAGCAUUUUAAAAUGUAUAAUCAUUAAUUUAUGUGUUUUUUUAGAAUUUUGAUUUGUUUUUUCUCAUUGAAUAUUAGUUUGAUAUAUGAUUUUUUAUGUUGAUUCUUACAAUGAAAAUGACCAUAUAUGUUAAUGUUCAAAGAAUAUUGUGAAGAUUAAAUUUUCCAAGCAGGAUAAUGGUAGCAUAUGUAUCAUUCCAAAUAUUUUAAGGUCUUUAUUUCAUUUUUUUGUAUGUUAAUAAUUUGUUACUUAAACUUCUAGUGUGUCCAUGUAUAUACAUACUAUAUACACAUAAUCAAAUACUGCAUUGCUUACAUCAAACUUUUAUGUACCUGGUGUAUAUAUACAACAAAUGUUUUUUAUGCAUGUAAUUUGUACAUAAUAUACUCCUUAUUGCUGUAUAUAUUGUAGGAUGUUUAUGUAUAUAACUUUAUUCCUACCAGCCAUAUUUUAUACAUAUGUCCAUGUCAUGCUAUCCAACAUUUUUACAUACUAUAUCAUGAUUGUAGAAAUUCAUGUUUUAUGAUUGUAAGGACGAGUUUCUGUUGAUUUUAGUUGUUUUAAGCAUUAUUUGAUAUACAUUUCUUGUAAGUUAUCAAAAAUACAUACUUAGCAUAAAAUUGAUUAAAUAGGCAAUUUAAAAAUCCUUCAUAAUACAAUUCCUUCUGGCUAUAUUGAUAAGCCAAUCAGCGGUACAUGGUUUAUUUUUGUGGUAUAUAGGAUGGGCCUACUUUCAAAUGCAAGGGUUCUUAGCUUUUACCAUGACCAUACCUUUUAAAUUUUCUAUUAUUCGAAUGAGCAUAAAAGCAUGAAUAAGAGUCUGGUUUUACUUAUGCUGCUACAUAUUACGGGCCCAGACUAUGAAGCCCUAAAAAAAAUCAUUAUUAUUCUAGCACUUCAGACUUUUCUUUCACUGGUCGUAGUUCUAUAGGAGUUCAGAACUUCCUUAAUACAUGCACUGUAAAAGUGACCAUAACACUUUUGAUCUUUUGUCGAGAAAAAAUGUCAUUAUCACAAUUUUGUCAAUUGUUCAUAUUUUAAUAUCUCAUUUAUUUUUUGUUUUACCAUGUAUUUACUUACCUCAAAAGUAAAUUAACAUUUUAUAUACAUUGUAUUGACAUCUUAAUUUACCAUCAAAAUCAACAAUUCGUGUCACACAAGGUUUCAAAAAUCUUAAUAUUUUAAGGAGGAUCUCCGUUCGGUUGACAUGUGUUUUGUCUGUAUAUGUGUGAUCGUCAUUCCAUAUGUGUGUUAAAGUGCUUGUUAUGAUUGUUUCAUUGUACAGAGUAAUCGACCUUGAUUCAUGAGAAUAUGUGUAGUGCAAUUCAGUUCUGCAGGUGGUUGACGACUGUAGAAUCAAAUAAAAUUAUUUUUAGAUAAA